UUCUCGUUUUGGCGGUUUGGGUUUCUUCUUUUCUUUUUUAGUUUGGAUUGUUUGGUUGUUCACAUCUCUUUUUUACUUGAGUUUAAUUUACAGCUGAGGAACACACAGAAGAACACGAGAGACAAUGACUGUUCCAAUUUUUCUGUUAUAUAUGUAGACACGAACACAUAUUUAUCUUGUUUGGUUUGAGUAAUUCUUUUAUUGUUUGUUUCUUUAAUUUCGAGCAUCUUUGCAUUGAACAAUUCCCAAAUUGAUACUUUUUGUCUAUAUUUUGCUUUCUUCAUCUAAAACGAGCGAGGUUUUCUCUCUUGAUUGAUUGGAGUUCUUUAAUUGUGUAUUGAAAAUUUGAGACUCUUUUAUAUGGGUUUUUUGGAAAAUUAAAAGAUUUACACUUUUUCAGUAGAUUAUGGUUGAAAUUUCAAAUAUUUGAGAUCUGGGGGGCUUAGAAAUUCAAAGAAAAGAGUAUGUAUGCGGUGGGCAGGCUUGGUAGCUAUAUCUCCCGCGGUGUGUAUACUGUUUCUGGUCCCUUUCAUCCUUUUGGCGGCGCAGUGGAUAUAAUUGUAGUGGAGCAACCCGAUGGGAGCUUCAAAUCAUCGCCUUGGUAUGUUCGGUUCGGUAAAUUUCAAGGGGUUUUAAAGACAAGGGAAAAGGAAAAGGCGGUAAGAAUCACUGUAAAUGGCAUCGAGGCUAAUUUCAACAUGUUUCUUGAUCAUAAGGGGGAAGCAUAUUUUCUCAGGGAGAUAGAUGUUGAAGAAAUGGAACCUGAUGCUGUAUCAUUUCCUUUGUCUUCUGGGGAUGAGACAGAUGAACCGUCGUCUGGUAAUAGAAAGCCAAUGAAGUCCAAGAGUUGCAAUUAUGAUGUUGACGAGUCAAAUUCAGUGGCUCCAGAUGAUGAGAGCCAUGGGAAGCUUGUGGCUAGGACCAGUGCCCGGCGGCCAGGAAUAUUUGGGCUUGUUUUUGGACAGAGGUCAAUAAAGAAGGAUGGUUACCAGGAAGGUGCUAGUGGUUCUGGUGUAAUGAGAUCAGAUUCAUUGGAGCGUGCUGAGCUUGCUGCUGAGCUGCUGGAGGUGAAGUGGUCUACCAACCUUGCUUCUAAUAGAUCAAAGAAUUAUGCUUCAGGGAUUUAUUCUACAAACGAUGCAUUGGACAAAAAAGGUUCUCGAAUGGGGAUGCAGAAUGAUGAAGAAAACCUGUUUCAGACUUAUGUACAUGAUAAGGAGGAAAACAGUGUUGAUUGCCAGACAUUACAAGACAAAACAGAUUACUGCAACAAGCAAAAGGUCAGCUGUUCUUCUGGCUUUGAGAAACUAGAGUGUUUUGUUGAGGAAGUUAACGAACAAGUGUCUUGUGUAAGUGCCGGGCAACAAAUUGUUGAAACCUACUCGUUAGGUGAAGGUUUUAUUGAAGAUAAAUGCAAAGUAAUAGCCAAUAUAUCAGGAGUUAUGGAUGAUAAUAGUAUAAGGAAUUUGGAUCAUGAUGAGAAUGCGAAAGGUGUUCUCUCAGGAUCAGGGAUGAGUGGUCCUGAUAUACAAUGUGAAUAUACGUUUGAAUCAUGUAUUGAUAAGCAGUUUGAUGAAGAACUGGCUGGUAAUGAGAACGUUUCAGACAAUCUUCAAGCUUUUGUAAACAGAAAAAUGUCAGAGAGCUCAGAAAUAACAUUAGAUGGUUCCAGUGAGCAAACUCUUGAAUCACUGCGCCUUUCUGACAUAGGAAAUGGUAAAGCACUUGUUCAUGCUGAAACACUGCUUACAACAACUGGGAAAGUGCCAGAGGUUACAGUUUCCAAGCCAGCUGAAGAUAUGGAGUUAGGUUCUACAGGUGCAUUAACCAUGUCAGAAUCUUACAUGGUUGGUGCUGAUCUUGUAAUUGGUUUGGAAGAAAUUAAGUCACGUAGCAUUCACAUUACUGCCCCGGUUAGUGAUUUUGGUGAUCAUGUUGAAAAUGGGAAAAAUAUCAGGGAUGUUGUUCAUCCUUCUGUGGAGUCUGUUGAUGAAUCUGAGAACUUUUAUGGUGUUAGUGACCCAAAGAGGAGUGUUCCACCAUCAGAGAGUUCAGAGGAUGAGCAAUUCCGUUUCACUGACCUUGAUGCAUUCAAACUCCACGAACCAAAUUGUGUAAAUAAAGAUCUUCCCUCCGUUUGUACUGAAACUGAAGAAGUAAAUGGUCUAUGUAAUGUAAACAAGGAAUCUUAUUUAAAUCUCGACAAUUUUGUUCAGGAGAAUCCAUUAACCAAUCUGGAAAUCUCUUUUGAAAAAACAAGGAUAGUCUCUAAUCCUAUUAGUAUUUCUAGAAAGCAUUGUGUAACUGGUGAAAAUAAUGGAUGGCAGGUGGAAUCACUUCCUAAUAUUAGCUCUUCUCUUGCCAUGUUUGGUGUAAACAAUCAUCAUCCUCUAAGCCAUUCUCUAGAUUCUAAUUCUGAAACCAUGAAGUGGGCAUCAAUCAAGAAAGAUGACUCAAGCUGUAUAAGGUCAGAUGCAGAUAAGGAACAGCCAUUAGCACAUGGAAAGUCUAGUUGUGAGGAAAGUCAGACUUCAGGGGAGUUUAAAAAUACUCUUUACAAUCCUACUGUCGAGAUAUCUCUUUGCAAACACUUGCUACAUGAAGGGAUGGGGGCUGAAGCUGCAUAUCAAGCAUUUGAUGCUGAAAAACUGGAUAGCAAGAAAUUUAUUUCUUUAAGUCCCGCUGUUGUGAAGAAUGAUAGACUUGUUGUUCGAAUUGGUGACCGCUACUUUUCAUGGGAUGAAGCAGCCCCUAUUCUUUUAGGGAUUGUUACAUUUGGAAGUGAACAAAUAUUUGAACCCAAAGGCAUGAUACCCGUUGACAGAGCAGAAAAUUCCAUCGAAGGGGAUCCAUCAAAAGCCGAAGUCUCCCGUCGUGGAAGCUGGAGGCUUUGGCCUUUUUCUAUGAGAAGAUCAAGAUCUGGGAAGGCUGUGCUGCUAGCUCCAGCUGAUACCCGAGGUUUGGAUGCUGAGAAUGCUGUAGAUGGUACUGUUGCUAGUGGCAAUUAUAGAAAUAUGCUUAAACCCAAGAAAGUAAAGAAGGUGAUCAGAGCAAUCACUCCGACCUCGGAACAACUGGCAUCAUUGAAUUUAAAGGAAGGGAUGAAUCAUAUAACCUUCACAUUUUCGACCAAUAUGCUUGGGAAGCAGCAGGUUGAUGCCAGAAUACAUUUGUGGAAAUGGAACACUCGUAUUGUCAUCUCAGAUGUUGAUGGGACAAUUACAAGGUCAGAUGUUCUGGGUCAGUUCAUGCCUUUGGUUGGGGUAGAUUGGUUGCAGAGUGGUGUUGCACAUUUAUUUUCAGCAAUUAAGGAAAAUGGGUAUCAAUUGCUUUUUCUUAGUGCACGUGCGAUAUCCCAGGCAUAUAUCACUAGAAAAUUUUUAGUCAACCUUAAGCAGGAUGGUAAGGCUUUACCAGAUGGGCCAAUUGUUAUUUCCCCUGAUGGGCUUUUUCCAUCCCUAUAUAGAGAAGUCAUUAGAAGAGCUCCCCAUGAGUUCAAGAUCGCUUGCUUAGAGGAUAUCAAAGCACUGUUUCCACCUGAUUGCAAUCCAUUCUAUGCUGGUUUUGGGAAUAGAGAUACUGAUGAAAUCAGCUAUCUUAAGGUUGGAAUCCCAAAAGGGAAAAUCUUCAUUAUCAAUCCAAAGGGUGAGGUAGCUAUGAACCACUGUGUUGACAAAUCUUAUAGUUCCCUUCGUGAUCUUGUUCAUGCCAUGUUUCCGCCCAUGGCCUCCGCGGAGCAGGAGGAUUUUAACUCAUGGAAUUUCUGGAAACUGCCACCUCCUUUGAUUGAUAUAUGAAGAUGUCAGCUAGAUUAAUAUUUGCUUGAGCAUUCAGAUACCAAGAUAGAUGUACGAUGUCUGCUAUCUUUUUGGUGCUGUACAGGAUCUGCUUGGAACUUGAGUAGCAGUUUAUUGAACACCAUAGGACAAUCAAUAUUAGACAUUGUAUUUGUGGGCAGAGACCUUGCACCUCCUUGCCUGCGCUUUCCAAGAUUCAUCUAGCUAGCACCGUUAAAGUUUCAGUGCAUCUAUUUUUCUGACUUUCCACCA